AUGUCCUUCUCGAAAGCCAAACUAAAGCGCUUCAACGAUGUGGAUGUGCUGUGUGGCUCGCCAGCCGCUGGCAACUCAACUUCGACCACGUCGAGUGGCUCCUUGAACUCAGUAGGCACAACAUCAACAACCACUCCAACAACAGCAACGACGGCCACAUCUGCGCAGGCGCCGCCACCGGAACGCAAAGAACAAAUUGAGAAGUUCUUCAAAGAUGCCGUGCGUUUUGCCUCCAGCUCCAAGGAGAGCAAGGACUUUGCCAUACCCAAGGAGGAUAAAAAGUCCAAGGGCCUGCGUCUGUUUCGUACGCCCUCCUUGCCGCAACGCUUGCGUUUUCGGCCGGCAGCGCAGACAUCGCACCACUCUGAGGCUUCCAGUGGAGCCUCUACAGCAGCCUCGACGCCACUACACUCGGCAGCCACCACACCCAUCAAGGAGGCCAAGUCAGCCAAUCGCUUGAAGGGCAAGGAGGCGCUCCAGCAAGAGAUUAGGUCCAAGAACGAGCUCAUCGAGAGCUAUUUGAGUCAGCUGGAUGUGUUGCGUCGUCAUGUGGAACAGUUGAAAGAGACCGAGGCUAAAAUGCGAGAGGAGCAUGAGUGUGCGUUGGCCAAAACCGAUCAGCUGGUGCAGGCUCUCACGAGCGAGAAUCGUGAGCAGAAGGAGCUCAAUGAGCAGCUGAGUGCCGAGAAUACGCGCCUGCUGGAGCACUGUUCGGGACUUGAUGCACAGCUGCAGCAGCUACGAGAGCAGCAUGAGAGUGAAGUGCAUGAGUUGACGCAAACCACUCUACUGCUGACGUCACAGAACGAGCAACUGAGAGGCGAAGCGGAGGAGCAGCUGCAGACGCAACAGAAGCUUCACAUCCAGCUCCUCUCCCUGCAGGCUGAUCUGGAGCAGUCGCGCUCCCACUGCGAACAGGAGAAAGAGAAGACGGCGGCCAACUUGGAGCUGGUGGAGAAUCUGAAGAACUCCAAUGAUUCGCUGCUCAAUGACGUCACACAACUGAAGGAGCAGAUCGAACAUGACGCGCUCAGCUACGCUCAGGAGACGAAGGUUACGCAAACAGAGUUGGAAUGCCUGCGUCUCGAGCGCAACACGCUCAAGAACGAUCUGGCCAACAAAUGCACACUCAUUCGCUCCCUGCAGGAUGAGUUGUUGGACAAGAACUGUGAAAUCGACGCCCAUUGUGACACCAUACGCCAGCUGUGCCGUGAGAAGGCCAAGUUUGUGGAGCAGGAGCGUGUCGAGGAGCAGGCGGCGGCCAAAAUGCAGCAACUGGAGAGCGAUCUAGAGAGCGCCAUCGAGCGCGAGAAGAGCUACUGGCGUGCCGAGCUCGACAAACGCCAGAAGUUGGCCGAGAACGAGAUCAUCAAGAUCGAGCUGGAGAAGCAGGAUGUGAUGAUCCUGCUCGAGACCACCAAUGAUAUGUUGCGGGAACGUGAUGAGAAGCUGCAGAAGUACGAGGAACAACUGCGCAAUGGCGUCGACUAUUACAUCCAACUGACCGAUACGCUGCAGAAGCAAGUGGUGGACCUGAAGCAGGACAUGGCCAAGACCAUCACCGAGAAGUACAACUACCAGCUGACUCUGAACAACACACGCUCCACAGUCAACAUACUGAUGGAACGCCUCAAGAAGUCCGAUGCCGAUGUGGAGCAAUUCAAGGCCGAGCUGGAGUCCGUCCAGCUGGCCAAGGGCGCCCUAGAGCAAAGCUAUUUAACGCUGCAGGCGGAUGCGGAACAGCUGCGUCAACAGCUGUCCAACUCAGAGGCCGCGCUUACAACGCUACGCACCUCCUCAGAGCAGCUUCAAAGCGAGGCGCGCAUCGAUACUGACGCCGAUGUGGCCCGCUACUACGAGCUCUACAACGAACUGAAGCGCAAGGACGAUACCCGUGAGCUCUACAUGGCCGACAUGAAGAAGGCGCUCGAUGAAUUCGCCACAGUUCUACAAUUCGCUCAGCUCGAGCUCGACAACAAGGAGCAGACGCUGCUGAAAGUUCGAGAGGAGUGCGAACAGCUGAAGCUGGAGAACAUAACCCUGAAAUCCAAGCAAUUGGAUGGCAUUGCUCUGACACCCAGCAAGGCGGCGAACAAACCGAAUACCACAGACCUUGAGAAAAUCGAGGAUAUGCUCAUCGAUUCCGAGCUGCGCGCCGAAUGCGACAAGAUUACGUCUUGGCUGCUCAAUUCUUCGGAGAAAUGCGUUCGUCAGGAUAGCAGCAACGAGUUCUGCGAGUUGCUCAGCAAGCCUGUAACGCCCAACAAGGCGCGAACCCCCAAGGCGGCCACACCCAAGGCCAUCACCCCCAAGGCGGUCACUCCACGCACUCCGCGCACCCCUCGCACCCCCAAAACCACCCAGACAACGCCCAAGAAGACGCUCCUCUUCGCUGCCACCGGCAAAGAAAACGUCCCCAGUCCCCCACCGAAGCCAGUCCUCAAGGCACGAAACGUUUAG